UCUUUUAAAAAAUUUAUUUUUGAAUUAUGUGUCUCUAGCAUGUUCAAUCUUUUCUAUUAUGUUAGAGAGAUACGAUUGGAAGGAGCUAAUUCAAAUAUCUCCAAAAAAAAAAUCAUAUAAUUAUUAUAUGUAUCAUUAAUAUCUGCAUCAUUCUAAUCUGAACGAUCCCAUAAUAUCUAGUUACAACUAUAAAAUAACUAAAAACCACCCCAAAUCUCUCUCACACACUCUCUUUCUCUCACCUCUUUGCUAUUCUUGUUCAAGAAUCACAAUUGCUCUGAAGUUCCACUCAUCUUUUGUUCAACAAAUUUAGGUAGAUAUAAUAAUGACUAAACAAAAUUUAUUUGAUGCUAAAUCCUGUGUCAAUUCCACCAUGUUCGUGGUGGAGAUGGUUUCGCCACCUCCACCACCGCCGCCACGGGGAAGUUGCAUCAAUAAUAUUUCAAGAAAAACACUUGUUGAAAUAAAUGGUGAUCCAAAGAUAAUGAAAUCUUGGAUUGAUUCAAUGAGAGCUUCUUCUCCUACUCAUCACAUGUCCACAACUCUCUAUGAAGAUAAGACUUCUUGGAUGGUGCAUCAUCCAUCAGCAGUUGACAUGUUUGAAGAUAUAAUAAGUGUUUCUAAAGGGAAGAAAAUUGUAAUGUUUUUAGACUAUGAUGGUACCCUUUCUCCCAUUGUUGAUGACCCUGAUCAAGCUUUCAUGUCUCAUGAUAUGAGAGGAACAGUGAGAAAACUUGCUAGAUAUUUCCCUACUGCUAUAGUUAGUGGGAGGUGCAGAGACAAGGUAUACAAUUUUGUACAAUUAUCAGAGUUGUACUAUGCUGGAAGCCAUGGGAUGGAUAUAAAAGGACCAUCAAAAGGUUCUAAAUACAGUAAGAAAGGAACUCAAGCUAUUCUUUUCCAACCAGCAAGUAAAUUUCUUCCAAUGAUUAUUGAGGUUUACAAAGAAUUAUUGGACAAAACAAAGUCUAUCGAAGGUGUUAGAGUGGAGAAUAAUAAGUUUUGUGUGUCUGUGCAUUUCCGUUGCGUCGAUGAAAAGAAAUGGGGUGAAUUAUCACAAGAAGUAAGGUUAGUGUUAAAAGAAUAUCCAAAGCUUAAAUUAUGUCAAGGAAGAAAAGUAUUAGAGAUCCGUCCUAUUAUUAAAUGGGACAAAGGAAAAGCUCUUCAAUUUUUGCUUCAAUCACUUGGAUAUGCUAAAUGUAAUGAUGUCUUUCCCAUUUAUAUUGGUGAUGAUCGAACAGAUGAAGAUGCUUUCAAGGUACUUAGAGAAAGAAGGCAAGGUUUAGGCAUUCUUGUUUCAAAAACUCCAAAAGAAACACAUGCAUCAUAUUCUUUACAAGAACCUUCUGAGGUGAGAAUCUUUAAACAUUAAGUUUCUUUUUGGACCAUCAAACAAAGUAGAUUAAGAACUCAUUUGUCUCCACUUAAUAGAGGUCAGAAUUUUAAUAAUUCAGAUUCAACCCAUUAAGUACAUUUGAUUUUUAGGUCUGAAUCUGAAUGAUUCAGAUUCAAUCCAUUAAGUUCAUUUGUUUUAUUUUUAAAAAAAAAUUCUUAAUGAAUCUGAAGAGGUCUGAACGAAUCAGAUUUGUAGGAGACUCUAAACAACAUUCAGACUCAUUUAAUAAGUUAUUAAAUAACAAAAAUAAUAAAUCAUAGUUUUUCUGUUUUAGGCAUGCCUUUUUGUCUCAUAACAAUAAUAUUUUUGGUGUAAUAUUGUUUAUCAAGGUUUUUGAAUGAAAAAAUAAUCCUUUAAAUCAUGAUUAUUACAACUUUAACAACAUUAAUUAUUUAGUGAUUUGGAGUACUAUUUUUUCAUUAAAAAAAAGUUUUAAUAGUCAUAAUUUGGAGUAUUAUUUUCUCAUUCAAAAACCUUGUUCAGAAUUAGAGAUCACAUCUUAAUAUUCAUGUGUAUUCAGAUUAAAAUACCCAAAUCUUAGUAUUCAGAUGUGUAUUCAGAUUGAGACCUCUUAAUCUUAAUGAAAACAAACGAGGCCUAAAUGUUUGUAUAAAUUAAUAGAGGGGGCCUAUAGUACUCAUUUUGUUUUUUUAAGAGGUCAUCAUUUUUGCAAACUUAUGGGCAUCGGAUGAAGUGAUCAUUAAUAAUGUUGCUUAACUUUUAAGCAACUCAGUUUGGUAUCUAAA